AUGGGGUCAAUUGAACCAAAGAAACCGUUUGAAAAGGUUGUCAUAGUGGGAGCUGGACCAGCAGGCCUGCUUCUCGCUCUCCUCCUUUCACAACAUAAUAUCCCUUCGAUCGUGUUGGAAUCAUGGAACAGACUGGACGAGCGACUCCGUGCGACCCAAUAUGGAGUCCCGGCCACCAAGAUAUUCCGUCGGGCGGGCAUCCUCGACGACUUCCGGGAACAAAGCAUUGACAGCUUUCCCAGCAUCUGCUGGCGUCGAGUUAGCGAUCACCAAAAGCUCACGGGGAUUGACCUCUCUGUUGUCAAAGACCAUCCUGAUCGCAUGACCAUCCUGCCUCUCAAUCAGAUCAUUCAAAUCAUGUAUAAACACUGUAUGGAAAGGGCCAACGGCUUGGUCGAAGUCAAGUUCAAUCACAAGGUCGUGGGCACAGGGCAGGAUGAGCAGUCUGCCUGGGUUGAUGUCGAGGCCGGCGAAGAGGGGCAGGUCAAGGAGAAGAAGCGAUUCACUGCCGAUUAUGUUAUUGGGUGCGACGGAGCGACCAGCACAGUGAGGAAAUCUCUGUUCGGCAGAGAGUGGCCCGGUCAGACAUUCGACUUUCGCUUGAUGGUCCAGAACGUCUGGUACGACGGUUUCGAGAAACAUGGCUGGGACGGAGGGAAUUAUAUGGUCGAUCCGGACUUUUGGGGCCUGAUCGCAAAACGAGGCAAAGGAGGCCUUUGGCGUGUCACUUACGGUGACAGUGCAGCCGGUCUUUCUGACGAAGAGUACCUCGAACGGCGGAACACGGCCUUCAAAAAGUUACUGCCAGGCCACCCCGAACCUGGCGAGUACAGAAUCACACAGACUGACCAGUUUCGGAUCCACAACCGUUGCGUUGAGAAGAUGAGGGUGGGACGAAUCAUCCUCGCGGCCGACGCUGCGCACGUGUGUAACCCAUUCGGCGGUUAUGGUUGUAUGACGGCCGUGCUGGAUGUCGGUGCCCUCGCCGACUGCCUGAUUGGCCUGUACGAGGGCAAGGCGGACGAGAGCAUCCUUGACCUCUACGCCGACAUCCGCCGCGAGAAGUUCCUGAAAUAUGUCGACGCAAGAUCCAUGAAGAAUAUGAAUAGGAUCAUGCACAGUGAUCCCGACACGGUUUUGGAAACCGACAAGUUUUUGCAACUGCUGAAAGGUCUGGAAGGCGAUGACGAGGCGACAAGAGCAUUUCUGCUGAAAUAUUCCAGCAUCGAACACGAUUUCACCCAGUACUAUAGACCAACGUGA